AACACUGGGUGGAGCUGUUUUACGCACUGCAAAAACAAUCCAACCCAAAAAAAAUCCUGCAUGGAAGUUUCUCCCCUCUUUUACCACGUUCAGUAAUCUGACACCCAGAAGACUCCAGAGGCAGAAGGAUGGACCCUUAAACUCUGCUGGAAGGACGGAAGGAAGGAGCACUCAUCCAAACGAAGAGGAACCGAGCAGAAGUGAAACGUUGCCUGUGCGUAAAAAAAGAAAAUCCAGUCCGUGGCUGCGGCAGCUGGAGGACGGAGAGCUGGGUAGCUGCGCGUCUCCAAAAACCAAAAAAGCACUCUUAAUGCUCUCAAAGAAGCGACAACUUUCACUUUCCACAUGCGGAUGGGUGACUUUCCACGGCGCUUUGUGAGGAGGAGAUGAUGAAGAAUUUCAACAGCAGCAGUCCCCUUCUUCACAGCAGCAACAACCACCAGCACAACCAGACUACCAACAACCACGUUAGAGACAGAAACAACAGAAAGUACAGCAGCUUCCUCUCUGCUGCUGCUGCUGUGCCUGCUCUCAGAUUCUCCUUGCGGGGUUAUGGUUUCUGCAUGGCGACGCUGUUCCUCUUCUGUUUCGGCUCCCUUUUUUACCAGCUGAACGGAGGACCACCGAAGAUCCUGCUGGACAUCCGACAGUAUCUCGGAGUGUGUGAGAAAAAUCACUGGUCAGUCAAAAUGGCCGGCGGCAGGCUCUUUAUCCAUAAGGACAGGCCGGCAAGACAGCUGGUGUCGUGCCCACAUGUCCACAAGCAGAGACGAGGUGAAUCCACAUAUCUGGAUGACCACGGACCCCCUGCUCCAAGAGUGCUCCCGUUCCCCAGCCAGGUGGUUUAUAACCGUGUGGGGAAGUGCGGCAGCCGGACGGUGGUCAUCUUGCUGAGAUUACUGGCUGAGAAACACCAGUUCAACCUGGUCUCCUCUGACAUCCACAAUAAAACACGCCUCACGAAACAUGAACAGGUGGAUCUCAUGAAGAACAUCAGUACUAUCCCUCAGCCAUUCCUCUACACACGGCAUGUUCACUUCCUCAACUUUACCAGGUUCAGGAUAGAGCAGCCGGUCUAUAUCAACAUUAUCCGGGAUCCCAUCAACCGGUUCCUCUCCAACUACUUCUUCCGUCGAUUUGGUGACUGGCGGGGCGAGCAGAACCACCUCAUCCGCACUCCAGGGAUGAAAGACGAUGAGAGAUACCUGGAUAUAAAUGUGUGCAUUCUAGAGAAUUACCCAGAGUGCUCCAACCCCAGAGUUUUCUACAUCAUCCCUUACUUCUGUGGACAGCAUCCGCAAUGCAGGGAGCCUGGAGUAUGGGCUCUGGAGAGGGCCAAGCAGAAUGUAGUGGAGAACUACCUCCUCGUGGGUAUCCUGGAGGAGCUGGAGGAUGUUCUUCUCCUGUUGGAGAGGCUCUUACCUCAUUACUUUACUGGAGUACUCAGCAUCUACAAGAGCCCUGACUAUAAGAAGAUGGGGAACAUGACAGGCACAGUACGUAAACACACACCCACUUUGGAGGCCCUGCAGGUGCUUUACCACCGCAUGCGCUACGAGUACGACUUCUACAACUUCAUCCGAGACCAGUUCCAUCUCACAAAGAAAAAAAUCGGCCUCAAGUCUGUCUCCCAACCCCCUGCCCACUCGCCGGCUUUCCUACGAGAGCUGGCCCUCCGAACCCCAGAGCCUCUGGAUGAAGACGAGGAGCUGGACGCAGACCUGGAGGAUGCCAACAGCUGGCUGGUCCAUCCCUAAGGGCUGUUUGAUGAACAGUGGGUGUAGCCAAAAAAGCUGUUUGGCUGGAAUUGGCUGGCGAUAGCUGGAGGCUGCCUUAGGGCAAAGGGGAGCGUUCCCCGACUUUCAGCAUUCCUAAGAAAAGUGAGGUGUGUUUAGGGGUGUGUGGAUCCUGACGCUCGUGUUUUUUCGGGCUCUGUUUUGCAUCUGCAAUAGACUCCUAUCAUGACAGGCUCAGCACUGUGGACUAUCGGGUUGAGUAAUUGGAAGGACAAAACAAACAAAAAAAGACCAAGGACAGUGGGAAAUAAUGUUAAGCUCAAUUUGCUUGACUCAAAUUUUGUUUUAAUUUGAGCUUGUUCUUGGGUUUCUUCGUGUAAAAAAAAAAAACAUCAUUGCUGCAAUCUCCAGGAGAGAUAAGUGCAAGAUGUGGAUAGAUAAAUGCGUUGGGAAAUAUUCUAAAUGUUGGUCGCUGGGGUGUUUACUGUACGAGAGGACUUCAGAGACAUAGCCCGAGAAAGAGGUUCAUACUUUAUGAAAGGGUUAAUGUCCUAAAAGCUGGAAUGGGAAAUGGUAUCCAUGAAUAAAAAGUACCAAAACCUCUUUUUGUAUAUUAGUUGUCUACGACUUUUGCAAGUGCCAAACCUCGCUAAGAGUUCCAGUAACUGACAGGAAACCUCUGUGCACAGCUGGUGGAGUUGUGACAUAAGCAAGUCAGUUGUUAUAGUAUUGAUUUAUAACAUUUUGUUUAAUUUGUAAGAUAUUAUUAGGUAUAAAUGAGGGUUAGACAGUAAGCACUCAAUUAUGAAUUCAAAGAAUUCCAACUGUGUGUGCAUGAGUGAUUGAGUUUGACCAAACCAGCCGUGUAUUUUAGCAUAGAUUUAUUAUUUGGGACAGGUCAUUUGUUGAGAGUUAAACAAUAAAAAAAAAGAAUUUAUGGAGCGUAGUUUGCUUAAUCCAAAAUUUAAAAGAUUGAGCUUGCCAAAUACCAGUGUUUCUACUGCGAUGCAUUACAAAACUGUAUGAAUAUAAUGCAUUUUUUCUGAGGUGACUUUCCUGAAAUUCUGCAGCAAAAUGAGGGAUUUGGUCACAAAACUGGAUACUAAUUUUCCUUUCAUAUCAAAUAGGAUUAUGUGACUGUUUAAGGGUUUGUUUCCUCUCUCAAAAUAUUAUCAUGAAAGCAUAUGAAGUGUUACCAAUCCCAGCUAACACUAAUUUCUAAUCCUCUUGCAGCUAUUCAGAGUGCAUGUUUUUCAUCACUCACAUACAAAUCAUCCAGAGGACAGUAACCAUAAGCUACUAUGUGACUGUCAUCUACAUAUUUCACUCUGCCAUCCUAAUCUCCAUUGUCUCUUCCCUUUCAUUGUCCUGUUUUGUGUUCAGUGUUUCUUUUUUUGCCAGUUUAAUUUAUUAUUUUGUAUUCAUUUGCAUUCCAGAUAAGAUUCUCAGGAAGGAAAAAAAGAUGUUUAAUAACUUGAUCAUUUGUAAUUUUGUUUUCUGGCGGCUAUGAAACUAUUCUUGGUAUUUUAACGUUGUCUCGAAUGGGUUUAUAUCAACAGCUGAAAACUUGUUAACAACAACUAAUGCAGUCCAUCAUUUUACAGUCUUCAAAAUAAAUGUCCUCUAACUAUUGCAGA